AUGAAAAGUUUCAAGACCACAGUAUCUCGCUUAGCAAAGAAGAUUGGACAUUUGAUCCCCAAAGAAAUUAUUGAAGAUGUUCAACUUUUUAUGGAGCACCCAUCUAUUGUCGUAAAAGCUAUCAUUGCAAUGAUUGUCAAGUCAUUUGUGCUGUUUUAUUUACUGGCGGUUACUCCGUGCCACGGAAAAGCGUAUUUUGAAAUUCCUGGCAUACUAGCCAAUCAAUUGUUAAAUCUGAAGAAAUCAUAUCGCUAUCGAUUUAUGAGGGAAUGCAUUCAACGAGAAUGUGACGUCACCUCUAUGGGAAAUAUCGAUAAACAUUACUGGCGAUCAGAAACUUUAAAAGAAACUGGGCAUGAUAAAUUUUGGAACACGUAUCACUGCACAAUUACAGGGGAUUUUGAACUAUGUCCAGUGGAUGGGGGUUGGUCAGGUUGGUCUGACUGGAGUGCGUGCAGCCUUACUUGUGGUCAAGGGACUCGCGUACGAUCAAGGCAAUGUAAUAACCCAGUGCCCACAUUUGGGGGCACUCAUUGUACUGGUGAAAACACUCGUGUGACAGAAUGUGAUAUUCCGGAUUGUCACACCCAUACAAAUGUAGAUAAACAUGGCGUCUUAUCAAAAGGAAUGCUUGCUGCAGAAUCAACAAUGACACGUUUCCAUGAAGCAGAUGCUGACCUUGUUCGAGAUUGUUGGUGGGAUCACUGCUCAUAUAACCACGUACUCAAGACUAUAACGCCAGCAAGUCUAGCAAAUGAAUACUGGACUGCAUUAAGUUGUUUGAAACAUUCCACUGGCUGUUCUGUGGAUGGUAGUUGGAAUAAGUGGAGCCCCUGGAGUUCAUGCUCAUCCGGAUGUGGAGAAGGCAGAGCUUAUCGUAACCGUCAAUGUAAUGAUCCACCACCAAUGAAUGGUGGGGCCGUUUGCACAGGGAAGGCCCUGGAGGAGAGUGCCUGCUUUGAUGACAAAUGCAAAUCUAUAGCUGGUACGCUAUUAACACCAUGGUCACAAUGGUCACAGUGUCAAGGGAAGUGUAACAUUGGAUUUAAGGAUUCUAUGCGUAGAUGUACCGCCGACACUCAGUGCACAGAUAGUGAUAAUAAUAUGAUUAAUAUACUAAAAAAACAAGCACCUUGCUUGUUGAAUGAAUGUCAAGGACUAAAAGAAUGGGGAGAAUGGGGUACAUGGACCCCUUGUACUGGGCUAUGUAGCCAGGGUGUUAAGAAACAAUUACGACUGUGUUAUGACGAGACCCAUCUUUCCUGUUUUGGUCCUUCAAUAAAGCAACACGUUUGUUCAAGUAUGGAUGACCACUGUCCGAAGGCUCAAGGUGGCGCUAGACAUGCAAGAAGUAUAGUCAAGAGCAUCAACAAAUACAAUGUCAAAAGAGAAACAGAUGGAAUGUAUGUUGAGACUACAAACACUGUAACUAAUGACAAUGGGAUAUCCAACAAUGAAGAAAAUGAUAUAACAAAUAAUGAACACAGUAUCAAUAAUGCUGAUCUUAAUAUAAACAAUGAUGGAUAUGAUUCAAAUAAUGGUGAAAAUGUUAAAAAUAAUAGAGAAAAUGGUAUAAAUAAUGGUGCAAAUGGUUUAAACAAUGGUGAAAAUGGUUUAAACAAUGGUGAAAAUGGUAUAUACAAUGGUGAAAAUGGUAUAUACAAUGGUGAAAAUGGUAUAUACAAUGGUGAAAAUGGUAUAAGUAAUGAGGGUCAAGGAAUGCCUCAACAAAGCAAUGUGUUUGUGAAUAAUGCAAAUGAUAUGCAAAUUUCAAACUAUAAUCAGUACAACAACAUUAACGGUGCAGGACACGAAGGCAUGUAUACAGAAUGGAGUGCCUGGGGUGAGUGUGAAGCCACAUGUGAUGGAGUGGAUGGUAACUGGGGUGACUGGUUUGACUGGACGCCAUGCUCAGUUACUUGUGGGGAUGGUAUUCAUGAGCGAUAUAGAGUAUGUUCUGAGCCUCGUUCCAUGUUUGGAGGAAAACACUGCGAGGGUGACAAUAAAGAAGUGAAGCCAUGCACACAAGCAGACUGUCCAGAUUCUGAAUACACUUGGAAUGAUUGGAGUGAGUGGACAGAGUGCACGCUAGAAUGUAAUGGUGGAAUUAGGUCAAGGAACCGUGUAUGUUCUGAUUUUAAUGGUCAAGUAGGCACCUUAGACUCCUGUGUUGGAGAAUACUUGCAGACAGGCAUUUGCAACAUGCACUACUGUUCAGUCAAUGGUAACUGGGCAAACUGGGGUGUUUGGAGCGAAUGCAGUAAGUCGUGUAAUGAAGGCGUCACAUUCCGAGACCGUACAUGUACUGACCCUUCACCCCAGGGUAAUGGAACACAGUGUCAAGGCAUGGGGACUGAAAUAGAACAAUGUUACCAGCAGCCAUGCCCAGAAAGUUUUGCUUUGACCAGAGUGUUCCAUGAAGCAUCACAUUUAGUCUAUCGAGCGACAGCGGCGCCUACAAAACUUCUACUUAUGUACGUCAGAUUUAAGGCAAGAAGUGUAAAUGGAGUGAUUUUAGUAAGACGAGGACCUGAAAAUGGAAGACCAAUUGUUGCUGUUGGACUACAAAAUGGAUACAUACAGUUGUACAUUAAGAUUGAUGGUAUUAGACUUAACUUAAUGGGUGAUGAAAUAAAUCUAUCUGGUUGGAACUCGGUAGAAUUUAGUCUGGUCGGUUUUUGGGGUUCAAUAUCACAUAUCAGAGUCAACUACAAAGAAUACAGUCUGAGGAAUGCUUUUGGGUGGCAGGGACCGGGCAUUGCUUACGAAUCAGAGAAUGUUGGUGAGGAACCAACAGAGAUAGAAUCUAUACUGCCCUACUUCACUGGAAAUGAACACACGAUUGUUCCGUAUCAUACGUCGACCAAUUCAUCCAUUUUUCAGAUCAGUAUAAUCAUGCGCACAGACAAACCAGAUGGUAUAAUUAUGCAUAAUAAAGGACAUGCUCCUGGUUCGUUUAUCACGCUAAAUCUCAGAAACAAAAAUUUACUAUUUUUUGUGAGGGCAGGAGAAAACAUUAUUUCAACACAAGUCAGUGAAUUUCAGCUGGAGAAGUGGUAUCUCAUAACUCUGACUGUAGAAAGAGGAUACUGCGAAGUACGCAUUAAUCACGGCCCUGCUACCCAGAUCAGUAUGCAGGGCAUCCCUUAUCAACCAUUGGAUGAAAUCUACAUUGCAGGUGUGAGCAUUCCAGACAAGUUCAUAUUACAGAUGUUAACACACAACACCUUGGGAUUAGUUGGAAUGGUAUAUAAAGUCACUGUAAACGAUGUGGAAUAUCAGAUGAGUGAUACGGUGCUAGAAAAAAAUGACCGAUACCUGAAUUCUGCUUCUACAACAUUGGCAGCACACUAUCAAGAGGAAUACACUGAGCGAUCCAGUAGCAUUCAACUAAAAUGUGAUUAUGGCACAUUUAUGAACGGACGGCCGACAAAUGUCACUGUGAAAUGGUUGAAAGAAAGUAAACUACUAGAAAUCGGUGAUCAUAUUAAAUUAGUACCAAAGAUGUUUUUAGACAAGUACACAUCUAGUCUACAUCUACAUGAAAUGGAAAGGGACAAAGAAGGAAUGUAUGCCUGUCAAAUACAUUACCACGGCAAAGCCAUAAUAACACACGCAUUUGGAAUAACAAUGUAUAACCCACAACGAGUGUGGUUACAAGGAGACGCUGUGGUUGGAUUUAUCAUAAUAUUAGUAUUUUUGUUCUUUGCUGUAACCGUGGCGAUGGUUAUCAUAUUAUCUGCCUUUGAAUGUAUCAGACACAGGUCACGAUAUCUUGAACCUCUUUAUUAUGCAGUUAUAAAUUUUAUUGAAUUUGGUAACUUUCAUAGCGAUAUUCGCACCAAAGCGAAAAUAAAGAAAAUCGAUGCAACAUUCACUGAAGAUUUCUCGAUCGAAGAAGCCAUGAAAAAAGAGAGAGAGAGAAAUAUAACAAAUGUGCCACAAAGUAAACCGAAGAAAAAGAGGAUACUGAGAAUGCCAAAAAUACCCAAAAUUACAACAAUGCUUUCCUCAUUAACAAAACCAGCUGAGAAAAAAGAAGUCUGGAUACUGAGAAAGCCAAGCACAUCACUGAGUGAAAUAGAUAUUGCGAAACGAAAACUGUCUCACACACUAUUAUCAGGGAAACCAGUCAGCUCUAGUGAUGAGGAAGAUGAAAUUUUCGAUUUAAAAAAGACUACUGAUUCGCAACACCAAAGCGCCACAAAUCGAAUGUUCGGACGACGCAAGUCUACAUCACCUGCAGCUAAUCUCCUAACAACAGCAAUUGUCAAGCAAGAAGACAUGGAUCUUAGUGAUGUAGCAGAGAAUGAGGACUAG